UUAGCAGUUUGAACGCUCAAGAGAAAAAUCUAUAAGAAUAUUGUAGACGUGCGAUCGGAUUCAUUCCCGUAGUGGCUCUUGGAAAACUCAACAUGAAGAUUUACGUUAUGUUCGUUGUAGUUGCGGUUUCGCUAAAAACAGGUCAUCAAUAUAACGUCCCGGAAACGACCUUUCCGCAAUACGGGUUUCCUCAAUCAAUUAAUCUUAACGGGAAUAUGGCACAGUUACGCCAUGUUGGCGAACCCUCACUGCAGCAUGGAAAGGACAUAUCAUACUCGAUAAGCUACUCAGAUUAUCUUUACUUGAAACGGCAUAAAACCAAAGGACAAGACUCACCAUUUAACCCCGAGCGGCCGCCCGAGGGCACGAGUCAGCGCGAUAACAGAUAUCUCGUCCAUUAUGCUCACCGCAAUGCGAACUGGGCUUUGGAAUGAUAAAAAAAUACAACGGAAGCUCUAGAAGUUCGUCUACCGAAGAAAA